AUGUCUUCCUCAGCUCCACUCGUAGGUGUUAUCGGCGGUUCAGGUCUUUACAAGCUAGAUGGCCUCACCCCACUCGAGACCUUAAACAUUGAUACACCAUGGGGUUCAACUUCAUCACCCAUCACCCUAGCCAAACUACCAACCGGUCAAGUGAUAGCUUUUCUAGCCCGACACGGUCUUUCGCAUCACAUCUCACCAUCCGAAGUACCUUCUCGUGCGAACAUUGCAGCUCUUAAACAUAUCGGAUGUCGUGCUAUCAUCGCCUUUUCAGCCGUUGGUAGUUUACGUGAAGAGAUUCCACCUAAAGAUAUUGUGAUACCUGAUCAAAUCAUAGAUCGUACCAAAUCAAAUCGACCUUGCACUUUUUUCUCAGGUUUAGGAGUUGUAGGACAUGCUAUGUUUGGUGAUCCAUUUGAUAAUGAACUCAUCAAACUUUUGGCUCAAUCAAUUAAAAGAGAAGUUGAAAGUUUCGAACCUGAGCUUCGUGUAGGAGUCCAUGAAAAUAAGGUAGCAGUUUGUAUGGAAGGUCCAGCUUUUUCUACUAGAGCGGAAAGUCAUAUGUAUCGUCAAUUAGGUGGUGAUAUCAUUAAUAUGUCUGUCUUGCCCGAGGCAAAACUUGCUCGUGAAGCAGAACUAAGUUAUGCUUUGAUUGCUCAAAUCACUGAUUACGAUGCAUGGAGAGUAUCAGAAGAACCAGUAACAGUAGCUGAAGUGAUGGCCACCAUUAACUCCAAUGUCGUAGUCUCUAAUCGAUUAACCUUACGUGUCUUGAGUGAUAUUCAUACAGCCAUCGAACAAAAUCAACUCAAGACUUGUAAAGGUACGAUGGAAUUCAGCGUGAUGACUAAGAAAGAAUCGAUGAGUGAAGAGUCAAAGAAGACAUUAAGUUUCAUUUUACCUUACUUUUCUUGAUUAACUUUAUCAUUUUCUGGGAAUGAUUCACAUUAUGGAAUUGCGCAUAAAUUGUAGAAAGCAAUGUUGUUCUGGCUGCUCUGAUGGUCUGGUAAAAAGUGUAAACCUGUUUUCGUAUAUCAGUUCUUGACAUGCA